AUGGCAGAGAACAGCACAACUGACCUGGUGCCCGCUGGAGCUACUGACCAGCAGCCUGGAGAUACCAUCGCAGCUCUAAACGAUACACCAUACCCUGAGACUCAUAUCGACAGCCCAAUCCUGGCGAUCAGCUCCGAAGAAGCUCAGCUGCACACUCAGAGUCAGGCGGACGAUGAGGUCGAAAUUGAUGAUGGCGAUGAUGAUCUGUCAAGUUGCUACGCCCACCCCUCCUCCUACCCCGAAAGUCUUGUUGACGAUGAAGACGCCGUGCAGUCCUUCAAACAGAAGCUGCUUGCCUUGGCCACCCAGCUCCAUGUCAAAUUCGAAGAUAUCGGCUACGUUCGAGAGUCUCGCGAAGUCCGUGCCUUUCCACUGACAUUGCGCGACCCUCCUGCAAGGGCUAUGUGGCCAGACGGGACGCGCGCUGUCCUACAUAUGAAUGGAGAUCUGGCGCUCAACAACAGGAGAAGCCGAGGUGUUCAGAUCGAGGAUCAGGACGUCUUCUCUUCUGAUGCCACCGGGGAAGCCGAUGCUCCAAUCUCAAGCUCACUCAGUCACGUCUACUUCUUCAUUCACCCUACGGAGGAUGCACCAUCUCUGCGAGACAUCCAGACUGGAGAUGGCGAAAUUGAACCCCGAAGCCCCGCAUCUGUCACCAGCACCACAUCUGAUAGCAGCAGUCUUUCAGGAGAUACUCUGACGAACCGAUCGCCAAUACAGACCGACGCAGACAACGAGAGCGACUCUGGAGAUUAUGAAAACUACUCCGAUUACUACAUCAGCGACUCCAGUUACUAUGGCGAUGAACAACCACAGAGAAGAGAUCAAUGGGAACGUCUUGACGAGGCGCUCCUGUCAAACCUUCUCCGACAAUAUGGUGCCCCCGCUCCACAAACUCUUGCGUUCGACGUGACCUGGGACAAUGCGUUGAAGAGACCUUAUGCCAUACAAGCUUAUAUGCCAGGAGAGCAGUUGUCAAGACUCUAUCGUGCGAGAAAAGAUAUGUCUUUAGAAGACAGACUCUCGUUGGCUGGUGAGGCAGCUGAAUUCUGUGCACGCUUGGAGAAGAUUCAGUUCCAAGGCACCGGCAAGUUGCAAGCUAACGUGAAUCUGAACUUGACUGCUGGAAGAAUGCCACUUGACAUGUCAGUCCACGUGGAUGUCGACCGGGAGCUGUACACCUUUGGCUUCUUUCUGAACACCCAAUGGCCGCGAGGAGGCAGAUUUGGACCCAGCGCGCCUCUCUACUACUCGCUGUACGAUACAAUGCUUCGAGCAAUUGAUGAUCUGCUGGCAAAAUCAAUGAUCAGGCUCGACCAUAUCGAUCUUGAACCCUUCUUCAGAGCAUACGUUGCUUUAAAGGAUAUGCUCCUUGACAUGGAUCACCUUGGCUGGUUCUCUGAAGCCGACACAGCCUUUUCGAUGAGCGUGCUUAUUCAUGGUACCAUCCAUGAUGAGCAAAUCCUUGUUGAGCGGACUGUGGAAUCACCAAAUUCUUGGCGUCUGACAGGCAUCAUCAGUUUCGACGAUGCUGAGACCGUCCCUGCUGUGCUGAAUAAGCGGCCGUGGUCGUGGGUCUGGGAUGUUCAUGAAGCUGCCAAAGUGCUGCCAAGAGAGGACCAGUUCGGCUGGGCUCACGAUGUUGACGAACUACCCACAGACCUACCUUAUCUCAAUGAUGAUGACUUGAAGGUCAAGCAACGUUACGAAAACGUACUAAUCGAGAAGCUUUACGUCCCACAGUACGGAGAUAGUGCUAGAGAACAGUACUUUGAUGAUGCAUAUGGCAGAGACUGGCUGGAGUUCAAGGAGAAUCAGAACAUCCAGCCGAGACCUCUGGAGAUGUGGAAACGUUUUCCUGACUACGUUCACGGCAUCGAGGUUGAAAGGCCAGGACCUGUUCAGCCGCCAAUCGCUCCUUCCCCUGCGGUGGAGGACCUUUCUGGCGCGGUCCCUUUAACUUCGCUCCACCACGUCUACUUCUUUACCAACCAGCAUGCGUCUUUAUCUGGCGGAACAGCUGCAGAAGUGUCUGACGACUUUGCAGAAAUGUGCGCGACGGCAACUAAUGCUCUCGACCAUGUCUACUUCUUUCUUUGUUGA